AUGCCACCUAAACAACAGCCAUCCAAAAAAGCGGAGCAGAAACGCAAGGAAAAAAUAAUCGAGGACAAGACGUUUGGUUUAAAAAACAAGAAAGGAGCGCAGAAUCAGAAAUACGUCCAACAGAUCCAGAACCAAAUCCGCAGCAACAAUGCUCGUGUGGACCAAGCGAAAGCUGCGGAGGCGAAAAGAAAGAAGGAACUGGAUGAUCUGCGAGAUUUGAAUAAGUUGCUGAAACCUGUCGAGCAGAAAGUGCAAAGAGAUGUCGAUCCUAAAUCUGUGCUGUGUGCGUUUUUCAAACAAGACAUGUGUCACAAAGGGGCGAAAUGCAAGUUCAGCCAUGAUUUAGCCGUGGAGCAGAAGACACAGAAGAAGAAUCUGUACGUGGACAGUAGAGACCUGAAGGAGGAGGACGAUAAUAUGGAAAAUUGGGACAACGAAAAAUUGAACGAUGUGGUCAACAAGAAGCACGGUGAGGCGAACAAGAAGAUGAAUCAGACAGCAAUCGUUUGCAAAUAUUUCAUUCAAGCUGUUGAGCAAAGCAAGUACGGCUGGUUCUGGGAAUGUCCCAACGGUGGUGAAAAGUGCCAGUAUAGGCACUGUUUGCCCGAAGGAUACGUUUUGAAAAAGGAUAAGAAGAAGAUGGAAGAGCAAGAUAAGGAAAAUCAAAUUACUCUCGAGGAGCUUAUUGAGAAAGAGAGAGCUGCGCUGUCUUCAAGAAACCUGACGAAGAUAACCUUGCAAUCCUUUAUAGCCUGGAAGAAACGCAAGCUGUCUGAGAAGAAACAAAAGGAAGCCGAAGAAGAAAAAACAAAGAAAGACAAGAUCAAGGCGGGGAAGGCUCUGGGCAUGAGCGGUCGUGACUUGUUCACUUUUAAUGCAGAUGGUUGUGAAGAUGAUGAGGAAGCCGAAGACAUUGACUACACCAAGGAGGCGACUGAUCCAAACGAGAAGGUGGUUGAGAUCGAUUUGAAUUUUUUCAAAUUCGAAGGCAUGGAUGACAAUUUUUACAAUGACGAGAUACCUGCAGCACAUGGCGUUGAUUCUGGAGCCUAUUGCUUGACUACAGGUGUUGGUUCCAUAGCGAUCAAUGAGGAGUUGUUUGACGUAGAUGAGGAACUAGAAGAAUUAAAUUCUGAUGAAGACGAGCUGGCAGCCUCUACGACAGGCUUUUUACCCUUGGUCAGCAUGGUUUCAAGCAACCUAACCGAACUUCUACGUGGGCCAUUUCGGUUGGUACAACGUACGAAGCGUGGUGCUGCACACUUCACGUAUUUUCCGUCAACGAUCAAGCCAGAGAUCGCUGGUGUUGGUGGUCCGGCCGAGAAGAUGAAUUUGUGCCAAGCCGUAAAUAGUGCACUGCAUGUUGCUAUGAGAACAGAUAACACGGCGAUAGUCUUUGGUGAAGAUGUUGCGUUCGGAGGCGUAUUCAGAUGUUCGGUUGGAUUGAAGGACAAAUUUGGCCAUAAUCGAGUGUUUAAUACUCCUUUGUCCGAACAGGGUAUAGUUGGAUUCGGUAUUGGAGUUGCUGUUGCUGGGGCCACCGCCAUUGCUGAAAUUCAAUUCGGUGACUACAUAUUCCCGGCCUAUGAUCAGAUAGUAAAUGAAGCAGCCAAAUACCGGUAUCGCAGUGGUGGAAUGUUCAACUGUGGUGCACUAACGGUCAGGGCGACGUAUGGAGCAGUUGGACAUGGUGGUUUGUAUCAUUCGCAAAGUCCUGAAGCAAACUUCACACACACUCCGGGCAUCAAGGCGAGAUCUGUUGUAGUGCCACGUGGUCCUAUGCAAGCGAAAGGACUUUUGUUAGCUUGUAUUCGUGAUCCGAAUCCGUGUAUUUUCUUUGAACCUAAGGUUUUAUAUCGAUUAGCUGCUGAAGAUGUGCCAACUGGCGAUUACACUUUGCACUUAAGCGAAGCAGAGAUUGUUUUAGAGGGAUCUGAUGUAACUAUAGUAUCUUGGGGUACACAAGUCCAUGUUGCAAUUGAGGCCGCACAGAUAGCGAAAGAUAAGCUAGGAGUAUCGGUUGAAGUUAUUGAUCUUGCCACCAUUAAUCCUUGGGACGAAGAAACCAUUAUCAAGAGUGUGAAAAAAACAGGUCGUCUGAUAGUGACUCAUGAGGCACCAAUUACGUCAGGCUUUGGAGCCGAAAUUGCUGCGAGCAUACAGCGUCAUUGUUUUUUGUACCUCGAGUCCCCAAUUGAACGAAUAUGUGGAUACGAUACACCUUUCCCCCACGUUUUCGAGCCGUUCUAUCUUCCGACAAAAUGGAAGCUCCUCGAUGCUAUUAAGAGAGCGAUUAAAUUUUAA